ACAUCUAAGAACCAAACCUGCAGUGCGUGCAGCCUCGAUGUACGACGUGCUCGCGUCGACGUACGUUCACCCCACACAUCGACACCUGAUACACACGUCGCUCGUCGAUCGGAUUACCACGCGGAUCGAACACGACCGGCGGACCGGGAAAGAGAUGGGUUCCCUGGCCGCGUCGCACGUGCCGUCGGGGCUGCUGAGCGCGGGGCUGGCGGCCCUGGCGAACCCCGGAGAGGUCAUCCGGCGGGCGUCGCGGCUGGAGGACGAGCUCAAGCAGCUUCUCCGGACGCACGGCGGCCGGGCGGGGUCGGCGGCGCCGGAGCAGGGCGCGGACGGGCAGCGGACGAAGGAGAGGUUCCUGCGCGCGUACGAGCGGCUCAAGAGCGAGCUGCUCAACGACCGCGCCUUCGGCUUCACCGAGGAGGCCAGGCAGUGGGUCGCCAAGGAUGACUACCUGGACUGCUUUGGUGACCCUGAAGUGAUUGGCAAGGUACAAAAGAUUGAUCCAUCUCACGGCCUUACAAUUGUUAUGUUGAUGGCUUCAGUCCGACCUAUAGAGCUGAUUGGAACGGACAUAGAAGAUUACAAGUGUUCAUGGCUAAUUGUCCAAGCUAUGGAACUGGCUAAUGAGAAUGAGAUGAAAAUAUUAUAUGAGAACUAUGGCAAGUCUGACCCAAAACGUGUUGCAGCAGUGAAGAAUGUGUAUAAGGAGCUUGAUCUUCAGGACAUAUUUUUGGAGUACGAGUCAAGAGUUUACAAGCACCUGGUUUCCACCAUUGACGCCGAACCGGACCGUGCGAUUCGAGAGAUUCUGAAGUCCUUUUGGAAGAAGAUCUACAGGAGGAAGAAGUAGACAAUCCUUUUCUCCUGUUGUGUGCUUUACGAGGUCAACCUGAACAACAUUAAGGGUUGGGGUUGUGAUGAGCAGCAGCUUCACCGUAUGACAUAUUAACAUAUACGGUUCGUUCCUGCCAAAUUAUAAGGACUAAUAUAUGUAUGAUCUAGACUGUGGAAGUCACAAGAACGAGUUACUGAAAUAUGUGUACAAUAAAGAUCACAUAGUACACGCAGAA